CACCACCACACCACAACCCUUACAUACUCUACUUUAGCUCCAGGCUCGCACAACACCAACGUCAACGUUAACGUCAACAGUGUACGAUGGCCAGCAGCGUGAUCCUCACGACACUAUCAAUUCCGUUCCGUCUCCUCUCUCCACCCGUGCUAUGGCUAUUAUCACCGGUCAUCAUGCUGCUGCGCAUAACCGCACGCGUAUUAUCCUUCCUGGUUAACAGUCCGGGCGCAUUGAUAUCCCGCUUCAAGACAUUAUACAUCUACUGCGGCACAGCGGCGAUAAUCGGAGCGGUAGCGGGCUCUCUAGUAGCGCUGUUAUCAUACGGACUUGCCUCUGGGCUCGGGCUGCUCACGCCUCCAGCAGCGCCGCCAACCAGCGGCACCCCCGGCAGCACGGCAUCAAAGCCCGCCAGCUCCGACGACUACUCGCCCUCUCCGUCGCCGACGCCGGAGCCGCCCGCGGUGAACCUGCGGCUGCGCCGCCCUUCGGUGCCGACGAUCCUGGAGGAGGACGAAGAUUCCGAUGACGACGCGGGGAGCAGUAGUCGUGCGCGGCAGGCGCGCCGGAGGUUGCUGGAGAGACAGAGACGCAGGGCGUGGCGCGAUGGAAAUGCUGAUGCUGAUGCUGAGGAGGAGGACAAGGAGCAGUCGUCGAGCUUCUGAUUAACUACUCCUCGAACCAACCACACGUGUGGUCUUUUGUUUCGAAUCAUCCAACCUGUACUUUAUGGUCUUGCGUUUUGUUGUCUAAUACCAAUUCGUUCACAGUCAAUCAUCUUGGA